CGCAGGGAACUUUUUUUUUUCCUUCGCGCGGAGGGUGACGUCGCGCGUACGUGAGCGUAUUUUCGCUGACCCGUUACGCUCUUGCGCGUGCGCACUGAAAUCGAAUAGCUGCUUCCUCCCGCUUCUCUUCUUCCCUCCCCCCCAUAUCCGUGCGCCGAGCUGAUAAAGGCGCCAUUUUGGAGGGGCCGCGGGAGACGUGGUGUCGCUGCGGGCUCGCUCUCCCGUGCGCUAGGCUUGGUGGGAAGGCCUGUUCUCGAGUCCGCGCUUUUCGUCGUCGCCAUGUCGGGAGGUGGUGUGAUUCGUGGCCCGGCGGGGAACAACGAUUGCCGCAUCUACGUGGGUAACUUACCUCCAGACAUCCGAACCAAGGACAUAGAGGACGUGUUCUACAAAUACGGUGCUAUCCGCGACAUCGAUCUCAAGAAUCGCCGCGGAGGACCGCCCUUCGCCUUCGUUGAGUUCGAGGACCCGCGAGACGCGGAAGACGCGGUGUAUGGUCGCGACGGCUAUGAUUAUGAUGGAUACCGUCUGCGGGUGGAGUUUCCGCGGAGCGGCCGUGGUACAGGCCGAGGCGGCGGCGGGGGUGGAGGUGGCGGAGCUCCCCGAGGCCGCUAUGGCCCCCCAUCCAGGCGGUCUGAAAACAGAGUGGUUGUCUCUGGACUGCCUCCAAGUGGAAGCUGGCAGGAUUUGAAGGAUCACAUGCGUGAAGCAGGUGAUGUAUGUUAUGCUGAUGUUUACCGAGAUGGCACUGGUGUCGUGGAGUUUGUACGGAAAGAAGAUAUGACCUAUGCAGUUCGAAAACUGGAUAACACUAAGUUUAGAUCUCAUGAGGGAGAAACUGCCUACAUCCGGGUUAAAGUUGAUGGGCCCAGAAGUCCAAGUUAUGGAAGAUCUCGAUCUCGAAGCCGUAGUCGUAGCAGAAGCCGUAGCAGAAGCAACAGCAGGAGUCGCAGUUACUCCCCAAGGAGAAGCAGAGGAUCACCACGCUAUUCUCCCCGUCAUAGCAGAUCUCGCUCUCGUACAUAAGAUAAUUGGUGACACUUUUUGUAGAACCCAUGUUGUAUACAGUUUUCCUUUACUCAGUACAAUCUUUUCAUUUUUUUAAUUCAAACUGUUUUGUUCAGAAUGGGCUAAAGUGUUGAAUUGCAUUCUUGUGUAAUAUCCCCUUGCUCCUAACAUCUACAUUCCCCUCAUGUCUGGUAAAUUGUAUUUUAAGUGAUGUCAUAGACAGGAGUGUUUGAAUUUAGUUAACUCCAUUCUCUUCAGACUGUGAUAUUGUGUAAAUGUCUAUUCUGCUCUGGUUUGUGUGAACUGGGAUGUUGGGGGUGUUUGUGGUUAUCUUACUUGGGGAAGUUCUUAUGUUUAUCUUGCUUUUCAUGUGUCUUUCUGUAGACAUAUCUGAAGAGAUGGAUUAAGAAUGCUUUGGAUUAAGGAUUGUGGAGCACAUUUCAAUCAUUUUAGGAUUGUCAAAAGGAGGAUUGAGGAGGAUCAGAUCAAUAAUGGAGGCAAUGGUAUGACUCCAAGUGCUAUUGUCACAGAUGAAAUUGGCAGUAUUGACCUUAUACUAAAAGACAAGGGUUAAAAGUGAUAUAUAUGCAUCUACGUUAAAACACUUGCAAACAUCUUAUGCAGUUAUCUUUACCUACAAUUGCUUUGCUCUAUAAACCUUGGCAAUUGUGGAAAAAUUAUAUUGCCCAUUUUGCUCCCUUCCCCCCUUUUUUGUUUUAAUAGGGACUAAUGUGGGAAGAACUGGCUAAUUUGUCACAGUGCUUAGUUACAACUGUUAAUGUGUGACCUGCUGUUGGUGUACAUGUGGGUACAGGGUGUCUUUAAUUCCAACCAGAUAGAGUAUAAUAUCAAUACUGCUAAAUCUGCAUGUCCUCUGUGUGACUGAUAUAGCGUUGCUAUUUCAUUUUUUUUUAAGACAAAAUGAAAGCAAAUUAUAGAAUUCAAACGUAUUGGUGUAGAUAAUCUAGUUGGGAAUUUCUAAGUCUCACCUUUCCCUUUAAACUAAUAUUAAUAAUUGACUCAUGUUUAAAACACUUUAAUUUACAAAUUAAAUUACAGAUGGGAGCAUUAGAUUUAGUUUAGACUUAGGUGGGUAACAAUACCAGUAAACUUUCAAACUACAUAACUUUUUGCAACCACAAAACCUGUAAUACGCUGUACAGUAACAAGUGUUGGCAUUAUCAGUUGAACUGUAAAUAUAAAAUGCUUCUUCCAAUUAGUCUCUAUGAUGAUUAAGUUUCUAAAAUUUAUCUGAACACCAUUCAGAAACUUGUUUUGGGGAAUUUGAUAGUUAUUGAUGUACAUCUGUUAAACUGAUGACAGACAUAACUCAUCAUUCCCCAGAAACCAUUUUUGAUUACAGUAUCUAACAUUUUGCCUCCUCUUUUUUGGUUUUGCUGGUUAUAAAGGUUUGGAUUGGAGAGGGCUCACUGGAUCCCAAUCCUUGGAGCUGGAUCAUUGGAUUCAAAUCAUAAUGUGGAUAGGAUAGGGAGGAUGAAUUACAAGGAUUCAUGGAGCGGGAUCAGAUUACCAGGAACAUAGGAGUGGAUUCCUGCCCCAACCAAACCGCAUUCGUGUGGAUUUUUUUUAUUUUUAUUCAACUUAAUUGGCUAUUCCAAAGAUUUUUUUUUUUUUUCCUAUUUUUGACGAUUGGAGCCCUUAAGAUGCACGAUGGAAUUGUGUUUUGCAUUUUUUGGUAAAAGGAGCAAAGCGAGGACCUGGAGAUAAACGCUGGAGCAAUCUCCUUGGAAGGAUUCAGCACGAGUAGAUGGUAAACAUUUAAAGGGGAAAGGGGGGGUUUGUUUAAAAUAGUAAAUCAGUAAGUCAUUUCUAAAUUUAAAACAAAAUUGGAGUUGAAGAAUAAGUAGGUUUCCAAUUGGCUGUUGCCGUUUUUCUUUGAAAAAUAAACGUUUUUUAAAAAACUGCAUGGUUGUCCUUUUUCCUCUUGUAAGAUUUUAAUGGGGUGAUUAUCAGUUAAUACUUGAAAUUGAUAAGAUUCUGACUUUUGAAUUUAUGUGUUAGUUAAUUAAAGGUUCUUGAAAGGUGAUUUUAUGGUAUUAAGUAAUUCUUGUUAUUUGUAAAAAUACUCAGGGCAAGAUAAAAGGUGAGAAAGGCAAUUGUGUAUGUAACAUGGUAAAUGAGGGGUGGUCUAGUCGUUGAAAGAUAAGCUUCCCAUACUUUGAUAAUAAAAAGUUAUUAAAAUUUAUAGAUGCUGCUUAUUUUUGGUGAUCAUCUAAAUAGAUAAUAUAGGCUUUUAAACAAAAUUGAGUGAUGACUGGUAAAUGUUAACUUGGAGGUAGCCUUUGAGAUUCUCAAUGAAACUCAUCUCAAAAAUUGGUAAGUAUUAAAUGUUUAAAUUAAGCACAGAUUAGAAUUCUCAACACAAUUUACUUUUUUUUUUUAAAUGUGAAUGGUACACUAGAGGAAUAACUGCUUAUUUCAGUGAAUUGUUGCUGGUAAAAAGCUGGACAUUCUUUUUUGCUUUGCAAACUCUUCUCAACCAUAAGAUUAUUUUUCUGUAUCCAAAACAUACCAAAGUAGUGAUUAUACCCUGAAGUCUACCAAUUUUUGUAUCUUUUUACUUGACAGUCCCUUUGUUUUAAAUUUUUACUUUGCUUGAAUUGGAGGGGAUUUUUACCUAAAAUACCUAAUCGUCUGAUUUCCUGAUAGCUAGUCACAGCCAUCAAAACAUUCUUUUUCUGCACCCAACUAAAUCUUAACGAUUCCCAUGGGUGCUAAUGAAUUUGGAACCAGAAUUUAAGACAGCUACUCAGGUGACAUGAUUUCAAACUAUGAAAAACUAAAAGUAAUCUUGGUAGAGGAAGUGGGCCCCAAGAUUUGGUCACCUAACCAAUACAUGCAAAUGAAUCUUGUGGAAUGUCAGGAGGAAGAAAAAGGGUAUUGAAUUGAAAGCUAGGAUUCCACUUUAAAUAUUUAAGAAAAGUAGUUGAGGAUAGAUUCAUCGAAGUCAUUGUAAAUCAAAGUAGGUUCAAGAAGCCGAAAGAUUUAUUAAAAUGAAUAAAGUUUUUGUCAUUGGGGUAUUAACCAGGCCUGACUGCUUACGAGAUCAGGCAUUUUCUGGGUGGCAUGGCUAUAGGCAAGUUCUGUCUCGAAUAUUUUUUAAGUCUUUUUAAAUGAUGAUUUUGGAAAGAUAAAUGCGGGGUAGAUUUAAGUAAGCUUGAGUUCAUUUGUGUUCACCUAAUGUUUUGGUAACGGCACCAAAAUGAAAGUUCCCUUCAGUCGAGGUUGAGUACAUUUAAGUGAAGUUGAAAGAUGUGCUCUACAAAAAGUUUUAGUUGUUUCAACCCCAGGUUGAAAAUAAGAUAGAAAACUUUUUGUGUCUGGUGUAUCAAUUCUUUGAAGAUUAGAGAAGACUUAAUGUGUGUUAAUGAAUGGUAGAGGGGGGCAGAUUUUGCAGGUGAAACCAAGGCAGCUUAAAAGCUGAGGGGAGAUGGCAGACUUUUUUUCAGUCUUAGAAUGGCCCUUAAAACUACCCAUAUUGGCAGCUAUUAGAAAAAAGCCAUCUUUUGGGAACUAAAAAGGCUGGCAUGAAUUUUCCACCUUUUCUCCCUAUUUGUCUCCCCUUAGAAUGUUGUAGGGAGCCUAUAAUUAGUUUGUCAUUUUCUGACCAAGGACUUAAGUCUAAGAAGCACCUAUUUUUCAUAACAUCAGAUUGAAUAACCCAUCUUGCUGUUCAUCCCACAUCCUGGAAACAAAAGGUAAGAAACCCAUUUUCUGAUUCCUAUUGUUUGGGAUCUGAAUUUUAUUUUUAAAAUUGUUUAAAUUUCUUAAUGUUUGAAACGUGAACAGAUUUUCCUCAUCUAAAAUGCUUUCCUAAGUUUUAUACUUUAGUGAUAAGUUUUGAGUACAAAUAUCCACUUGUGCUUAUGUGCAGUAUGAUUCUAGACUUUCAACUUUCAGUUUUGUCUGUGAAACAUCUUGCUCAAUAGGGUGUUUUUUUAAGUUUCUUGAAGAUGAAUUUACAUGUGCUUUUUUGCUUUGUGUAUAAAAUUACACAUGAAAUACAUUAUAUGUAUGUAUGUACCAGAAAUAGUUAUUAAAAGGAGAGAAACUAUUAGACUGAGGUUCUAUUGUAACUUAACCGUCCUUUGGUUUAACUUAAUUCUAUUAUGCAGAAAAUUGGUUCACAAUUUCUUACCCAAAAAACUUUUGAAAACAAAAAGAGUUUGUUGAAAUAAUUGCAUGUAAAACCUGACAAGAAUUGAUGCCUUCAUUUUGUACUUACUGUGAAUAACUUGUCUUCCUGCAGAAAUAAGUGGUAUGUUUCAUUAUACAGUUGCUACAGGGUUUGCUGAGGGUGUUAAAUUUUAUAUAGGGUCUGUAUACCAUACCUUUGUAAAGUGUAAACAGUUCUGAAUUUCAGAUACAUCUGUCCCCAAGAAUUUGGAAAAGGGAUUGUAGAACUCUAGUAGAACAUGCAGGGCUAAAGCUUGUGUUACUUUGGAUGUGAGUAAAAUGUGGAUCCUUUAUUAAUUGAGGUAUACAUUCCUCAUAUUAGGCUGAAGCAGCCACAAGGGGGAAAAAAGGUACGACAACAUUUCUUUAUAUUCUGUUGCUAUAGUGGAUUCAAAGCAUUUGUAUUACACUAAAGGAAAUAUUUUGCCAUCCUAGUGUAUACAGUGGAUUACAUUCUUUUAGGGUACUUUUUCUCAGUAAUUUCUGGAACAUUGAUCAUCCUGGCCCUAUAGGAAAAGCUGGGAUUGUCAUGAAGUAAAAAGAUAAGGGAACAUCUGUUUAUUUUGUCUAUUGAGCAAAGUAAUUUUAAUUACAAAAAUCACUUGGUGCUUCUGUAGUCACAGGAAAUAAAUUUGUCAUAUAGAAAUUAAUUUAGGCGGAAAUAACCUCAUAAUAGCUUAUCAGGGAGAGAGAAGUCUUUCAUGCUUUGCGUAGGAGGUUCAUUUAGGUAAGUAUGGAACACAGAUGAAACAUUUAAAAAAGUUCAGCAGGUCCUGAGUGUUUCGUCUUCAUUUCUUAAAAAGUAAGGAGUUAAGCCUUCAAACUACCAGGUUAAAAAGUGUCUUAACUCCUUGCCACCAUAAAACUUAGAGGUAUCCUCUAUCAAUUAUUGAUAGAACUAUCAAUGGGAAGAUAGUGGAAACUGAGAGCCUUGGAACAAAACAUCAAAUUGUAGGGAUAGCCUAAUGUCUAGGUGACUAGAAAAAACAACUUUCACUUUCCUAAAUGAGUAAAUGCUAGGGGAAAUCACUUAGUCACUAGAGGGCACUGUGAUGCAGAAUCAACCAGGAAAUUAUCCCUACUGUAAAGGGUCAUAAACAGCAAGGUUUCAGAAACCAACUAUCUAAAUUGUGUAACAACUCCAAAGUUAGGGGUUGGGUUUUCUGGGAUAAGUUUUCUUUCUGUCUUCUCAUCUGUUGGGCAAAAUCCUUUCCCUUUUCAAAGCUUCUGGAUCCAUUUAGGUUUUGAAUAGAGCUUAAUUUCAUGAAUACCAAACUUAACAUAAACCAAAGAACUAUUUCUAGAUCUUAAUUAAGGGAAAAAUGCUGAAGAUACGACUCUGCUUGUUUUCUGCCAAACUUGUACAUCGUAAGGUAUGAAAUAGUAAGGUUGCGAGUGUAAGAAUUGGGUGCAGGAGUAGAUGUGCUGCAAAGUGUCUCGGCAUAAAAUUGGUCAUAUACCAAAAAAAUGGAUAUGCUUUCAGAAACCGUAUGGUAUGGAACAGUUUCUGGAGUGAUCUUACUUCUCAGCAUUACUAAGAUUUUUAAUUGUUAAUGUGUCUUUAAGAACUUGCUAGUCAUGUUGGCUGUUUAUAUUUUUCUCUUUCCUAGGCCUGCUUAUUUAAGUAGGCAAUAGAGUAUCUUGAGAUAAAGUGUACAUUUCUCUUGAUGUAUUAAUGCCGUUUUAUUUUAAGACAGAUGAAAGUUAUUGGGGAUUAGUACUUUAGCAUUUGUCAUUCAUAUCUCUCUUCCCCUACUUCACAUUGCAAAAAUGUAGAGGAAACAAACUUCAGCUUUGCCUCCUGUUUAAAUUGUCAUUUAGAAUAUUAAAGUUUCUUAGGCCCACUUAAAUCAUUAAUGUUAGAAACGUGUCUGCUUUGAAGAGUAAGACACUAGGAGACAAAGGUAUUUUUCCAGGAGAGAAAUAAGGUUAUACAAGAGAGAUUACCCUGCUUGCUAAACAUUUUACAUAGCAAGCGAGACUGCAGAAGGUUGCUGGCUAGCAGCCUUGCUACAAAUUGGAUUGAAAAUACUGAAAGUGCACUAGAUUGGUUAUGCCUGUCCUUAAUCCUAAUAGUGUUAGCUCUGAUGCCUCCUUAAUUUAACUUUAAAGAAAAUACAGAAUUCCUUUAUAAAAGAAAAGGGCUAAACUUGGAUGUUGUUAAAGGGCCAAUGGCAUGGCUGAAUGGUACCCUAUGGUGCUGGGUAUUAGGGGAGUCUUUAUUAUUGGGAUAAACUUUCAGGUUAUGGCAGUUACUAAGAUUUAAUAUUUAGGAAUGGACUGCUGCAUCAGUCAACCUACAGCCUUUAAGUAGGACUUCAAAGUCCUGGGCUAAAUCUCUCCCACCCUUAAAGUGGCAUGCCGAGAAAUUUGGGUUAAAACAUCACAAGUCAUUGAGUGCCGAACUUGACAGUCCAUUGGUAUCCUCACCCCAAGUCCAACUCAGCACCAGCCAUUAUUGGUAGAAUGAUCUUUGUAAAGUGAAAAAUUUAUCACCACCACUAGAAUUACUUGAAACCUAUUGUCUGCAGGACGCACACCUUAGAAAGGCAGAUACAGCCCUUAAUAACCUUUCUCCCAGGACUUGACAUUUUCCAGCAUUUCUCGCAUUUGGUCCUGUUCUUCCUGCAGUGUCUACCGCCUCUUCAUUUAGAGGAGUGUAACUUACCUUGGGUAGUACUUCAAAAAUGAACUCUGAAAACCGACACACCCACCAGACAGAAUCACUCCCUUGUGUGUUGGCACAGACUUUGUACAUGUACCUCUAGUGUAGUAUGUAUGUUACCUGGCUUGCUCGUUCCAUCCAUCUACUUCAGCUUUCUUAGUUCAUGAACUUUUACUUUCUAAGGAACCAAAACUGCCUGGCACAUGAUAAAUACUGAAAAAGCACCAUUGAUCCUUCAGUGUUCCCAUAUGUCUGUCUUUUCUAACAGGUUAUAACCUCUCUCCCCCUUUCCUCCCAGGUAUAUAGCACAAUGCUGUUGCACUGAGUAGACACUCAAAAGAUGGACUAUUCAAUUGCUUUGGAAGAGGAACCUAGAAAAUUGAAUUCCUUCCCUUUCUGAAUAUCUUAAAUAACCAGUAAAUAUAGGUCUCAAUUUCUUCUAAGUUGGGACUAAAUCCCUGUUCAGUUUAUACUUACUGUGCAGUAGGAGCUAUUUGUAUAUAACAUUAAAACAUUUUACAUUUUGUGA